AUUUUUAAAUUUUAUUUUCUUUUUCUCCUCAAAUUGACGAAUUUUCAAUCUUGUCUCCUAAAUGAGGAGCUUCUGGUGAGAUUUCAUCACUCUUCUAUGUCUCAGCCCAGCACCACCUCCACCAACAUCAGCAAGCGCUCAUUAUCCCCUUAUUCCUCCGCCUCGUCCGCCGCCGGCGCCGCCGCAGCCCCAAUUUUCCCGGCGAUGAAGAAGGCAAAGCCCCAGGCGGGCGGGUGCUCGCUCGACGGCAACAGGAACGGCCAGCAGCAGGUCGCUCCGCACGUGCACUUCGCCGACCCGCCGGCUCUGUCCCCUAUUACCGAAGACGGUCCCAACGACGCCGUGAUUGAGGCGUCCUCACCGUCCCGUGCUUUCAUCCGCGGCGCCGCUGCGUCCGGUGGAGGAGUGACGGCCAAUUUGUCUAGGAAGAAGGCCACGCCUCCGCAGCCUGCGAAGAAGCUCGUAAUUAAGCUCGUUAAAGGUCCGAUUUUUUACUUUCGUUUUUUGUAAUUUGGUUUAAGAUCGUAGUUUCUAAUUAUGCUGAGUUAAUGUGUCGUUCAAGUGUGGUGGAAUUUUGGGAAAUUAUUAUUCAUUUCCCAGCGUUUGAAAGGUGGAACCAAGAGCUUGUGGGGUGUGUGUGUGUGUGUUUAACUGAUUGGCUAGAUAUUGAAUUUUUACCAGUGUGAGUAAGUUAUUUCAAGUUCAUUGUGUGUACUUCAACUCAGGCCUGUAAAGUUGUAGAGAUCUGAUAUUUUCUCAAUUUUUGAGAACCAUGGUGUUAUAUUUCCAUAUGCAUGAAUUGGAGCAAAAAAUAUUAUGGGGCUGUCUGAGGCAACCCUUACAUUCGACCCUCAUGCUUGUCUAGCAAAAAUCAUUUUGUUAAGAUGAUCAACACAGUGUAUAUAGUUGUUUUGUGAAGUAUGAAGUUUUGUUUGAAGAGUAUGAAAAUUGCAUGCAAGAUUAUUAGUUAUUAGUUGAAUAGGUUGUGGUUUAAGCUGACAUUGGUUUUCCUUGGGAAAGUAUAGAUUAACAUUUGUUUAAAUGACUAAUUUCUCAUGCUUGAAGCCAAACCAACACUGCCAAGAAAUUUUGAGGAAAAUACAUGGUCAACUCUGAAGUCUGCUGUAGGUGCCAUAUUUUUGAAGCAACCUAAUCCAUGUGACUUGGAAAUACUCUAUCAGGCUGUCAAUGACCUUUGCCUGCACAAAAUGGGUGGAAGUCUGUACCAAAGAAUCGAGAAGGAAUGUGAAUCUUACAUAGCCGCUGCUUUGCAGUCUUUGGUCGGCCAAAGUGAGGAUCUUAUGGUUUUCUUAUCGCUCGUUCAGAAAUGCUGGCAGGACUUUUGUGACCAGAUGUUGAUGAUCCGUGGUAUAGCUUUGUACCUCGAUAGAACUUACGUGAAGCAAACGCCAAAUGUACGCUCGUUAUGGGACAUGGGUUUGCAACUUUUCCUCAAACAUCUCUCUAUAGCUUCUGAAGUGGAGCACAAAACUGUGUUCGGUCUUCUGAAAAUGAUUGAGAGUGAGAGGCUUGGCGAAGCAGUUGAUAGGACUCUCCUUAACCAUCUUUUGAAGAUGUUCACUGCACUGGGAAUCUACCCAGAAAGUUUUGAGAAGCCAUUCCUUGAAGGCACAUCAGAAUUUUAUGCAGCUGAAGGUGCAAAAUAUAUGCAACAGGCUGAUAUUCCAGAUUAUCUAAAGCAUGUGGAGAUAAGGUUGCAAGAAGAACAAGAAAGAUGCUUAACCUACCUGGAUGCUAGUACCAGAAAACCAUUAGUAGCCACUGCAGAAAAGCAACUUCUUGAGCGUCAUACAUCUGCAAUUCUGGAUAAGGGUUUCAUGAUGCUGAUGGAUGGGAAACGUAUAGAUGACCUUCAGAGAAUGUAUAUGCUUUUAUCUAGGAUCAAUGCCCUAGAGUCAUUAAGGCAAGCCCUUAAUCAGUAUAUAAGAAGAACAGGCCAGAAUAUAGUCAUGGAUGAAGAAAAGGACAAGGAGAUGGUAUCCAGCUUAUUGGAAUUUAAGGCUAAUCUUGAUAGGAUAUGGGAAGAGAGCUUUGAUAAAAAUGAAAUGUUUAGCAAUAAUAUCAAGGAUGCAUUUGAGCAUCUCAUUAAUAUCCGCCAGAAUCGACCUGCUGAGCUAAUUGCGAAGUUUGUCGAUGAGAAGCUUCGUGCUGGAAAUAAGGGUACAUCAGAAGAGGAAUUAGAGGGUACACUUGAAAAAGUUUUGGUCUUGUUCAGAUUUAUACAGGGUAAGGAUGUAUUUGAAGCAUUCUAUAAGAAAGAUCUUGCUAAGAGGCUUUUGCUGGGCAAAAGUGCAUCUAUUGAUGCGGAGAAGUCAAUGAUUACUAAGUUAAAAACUGAGUGUGGCAGUCAAUUCACCAACAAACUUGAAGGAAUGUUCAAGGACAUUGAGCUGUCAAAAGAGAUAAAUGAAUCAUUCAAGCAAUCAUCCCAAGCUCGGACAAAACUACCAUCUGGAAUCGAGAUGAGUGUCCACGUCUUAACAACUGGGUAUUGGCCAACAUAUCCCCCAAUGGAUGUUAGGCUGCCUCAUGAACUCAAUGUGUACCAGGAUAUUUUUAAGGAGUUUUACUUGAGCAAAUACAGUGGUCGACGAUUGAUGUGGCAAAAUUCACUGGGUCAUUGUGUUUUGAAAGCUGAAUUUUCUAAAGGUAAAAAGGAGCUGGCUGUUUCUCUAUUUCAGACCGUUGUCUUGAUGCUAUUUAAUGAUGCUGAGAAGCUUAACUUUCAAGAUAUAAAGGAGUCAACUGGUAUCGAGGACAAAGAGCUGAGGAGGACUUUGCAGUCCCUUGCAUGUGGGAAAGUCCGUGUUCUUCAGAAAAUUCCUAAGGGCAGAGAUGUCGAAGAUGAUGACUCUUUUAUGUUCAACAACCAAUUUACUGCUCCUUUAUACCGUAUAAAGGUAAAUGCUAUUCAGAUGAAGGAGACAGCCGAAGAGAAUGCCAGCACUACGGAAAGAGUAUUUCAAGACCGUCAAUAUCAGGUUGAUGCUGCUAUUGUUCGUAUAAUGAAGACGAGAAAAGUGCUGAGUCACACCCUGUUGAUAACCGAACUCUUUCAGCAGCUCAAGUUUCCGAUAAAACCAGCUGAUUUGAAGAAAAGGAUCGAGAGUCUCAUUGACCGGGAAUAUCUCGAGCGCGACAAGAACAACCCGCAAGUAUACAACUACCUAGCUUGAUUUGCAGACUACAAAUGGUACUGCAAAUUAUACUAUUAACGUCCUUUUUCCCCUCCAACUAAGGUGAAAAAUGGGAAUAAUGCCACCUGAUCUCUACCAGAAGUUGAUAAAAUCCCAUGACCAAUUGUGUACAGGAGACAGAACUCAAUCAAUAGCUGUUAUUUAUUUUGGUUGUGAUGUUUAUGCACAACUGUAAUGUAUUGUGUAUACUUUCCUUGGACAUGCUUUUAAUUUGUGUCUUUAUGCAAUAACUAUAUGAGAUUCUAUCACCAAUUUUAGAGCAUCUCCAACCAAUUGUCAAAUGCAAACUUCAUAUUUUACGUUUUUUUUUUUUUUCGUUAAUUUUAACAAUCUAAUGGUAGGUUUUCUGUUUUCUGUUAGGCUGCCGCCUAAUGAUUGGUAUUUUAUUUUACUUACUUUACUAUGAAUUUUUAUAUGUUUCCUUUAAAAGAAUUUUACAUUCAAUUCUUUGUAAGUACAUAAUAACUAAAAC